GUUUGUAGUACGACUAUGUGAGCCUUUUACUUUUUGAUGAAUGAAUAAAAUGAAAAAUGAAGGAUGGCGAUUGAUGGAUAGAUGACAUGACAGCCGAACAAAAAUUGCGGCGUGGAUUUAUGGUUAAAUUUUGCGAUACAGAAACUGUUAUUCGGGAAAUAAGUAUAAAGUAUUUAUAACGUAUUUCGUACGUUUAAAGCAGUUUUAAUAAAUAUCAUCAAAAAGUUAUAUAUGUCAAAAUAAUGACUGAUAUUUCAAAAGUUUUGAAGCAAAGUUUGUGCAUAUCAUUGUCCUUAGCGCCUAACUGUGGUUUCCUAGUACACAUUAGUUUAUAGCAGUGGUUUAUAAAUUGGAAAUGGUGUUUGUAAUACAUUACCUACACAGUUAUAGAAAUAACUUUAUUUGAUUCUUUAAUUAUUAAAUAUUUCGUAAGUUUAGUGUCAUAAUGUAUCCGACGCCGACGCGGCAUCCGUCUGCCGCGGGGCCACAACCCGCGGCAGGACCAAUAAAAUUUACUAUUGCAGAUACGUUAGAACGUAUAAAAGAAGAAUUUAACUUUUUACAAGCUCAAUAUCAUUCCUUGAAAUUAGAAUGUGAGAAACUGGCCAAUGAGAAAACAGAAAUGCAAAGACAUUAUGUUAUGUACUAUGAAAUGUCUUAUGGACUGAAUGUGGAAAUGCAUAAACAGACGGAGAUAGCCAAAAGACUAAGCGCUAUCAUAGGGCAGGUGCUGCCGUUCCUUGCGCAGGAGCACCAGCAGCAAGUAGCGUCAGCCGUGGAGCGAGCUAAGCAGGUCACUAUGUCUGAACUUAAUGCUAUUAUCGGGCAACAACAACAACAGGGCCUACAGCAACUUCUUCAACAGAUUCAUGCGUCGGCCGGGUUGCCGCACGGCGUGGGCGCGGGCGCGCUGCUGGGGGCGGGGGGGCUGCUGUUCGCGCCGGGGGCGGGCCCGCACGCCCCGCCGCCGCACCUCCCGCCCCCUGCACACAAGGUGGAGCUCCCUCCCCCCGCGGACAUCAAGCCGCCCCUCGAUUUUUUUAUAAUUGUAUUACAGCGUCGUUCAGUAUCUCCAGUGGAACGUGAACAGAAAUACCGCGCGCGUUCCUCUGAACCCGAGCCUCUAGAGGCGAAGCGACGUAAAGACGAGAAGGUACUCGCCCAUGUGAGUCUGUGCAGUGACAGCGAUGCCGAAAAGAGCGAUCAGGAUUUAGUUGUAGAUGUUGCUAAUGAGGAAGAAAGAGGGUCUCCCAGUGUACGUACAGAAGGGGGGGAGAGGACAGAGAAUGGACCCCGACCCCCCUCCAGGUCAGGCUCCUCUUCUAGUCGGUCAACGCCUAAGAGUUCUAAAGAUGAGAAGCCGGGCACGCCGGGCGGCAAGGCGCGCGCGCCGACGCCGACGGGGCGGUACGCGUUCCCCUUUGACCACUCAAGUUCAUAUAUUUAUAUAUGUUUCCAGGUUUGCUUUAGUUGCUGUUCAGAUGGUCAUAUCGCUGUGUGGGAUCUCCAUAAUCAAACAUUAGUUAGACAAUUCCAAGGGCACACGGACGGCGCAUCGUGUAUCGACAUGAGCGCGGACGGGUCGCGGCUGUGGACGGGCGGGCUGGACAGCACGGUGCGCUCCUGGGACUUGCGCGAGGGGCGCCAGCUGCACCAGCACGACUUCAACAGCCAGAUAUUCUCACUAGGAUACUGUCCUACUGGUUCGUGGCUGGCAGUGGGCAUGGAGAACUCGCAGGUGGAGGUGCUGCACUGCGGCAAGCCGGACCGCUACCAGCUGCUGCUGCACGAGAGCUGCGUGCUCGCGCUCAAGUUCGCGGCGGCCGGCAGCUGGUUCGUCUCCACUGGGAAAGAUAAUCUGCUCAACGCGUGGCGGACGCCGUACGGAGCUAGUAUAUUCCAGUCGAAAGAAUCGUCGUCGGUGCUGAGUUGUGAUAUAUCGUCGGACGAUAAGUUCAUAGUGACAGGGUCUGGUGACAAGAAAGCGACAGUCUACGAAGUGAUGUAUUAAGACAGAGAUAGUGAUAGUGGUAGACAUAGUUGAUAUCGCGGUCCAGUGCAGAUGUACGGUGUGGCAGAUUAAAAUGUUGUAUCAGUGUACACAUUCCAGUCGCUGGAAUACUGGUAUGGCUACUGGCAUUACUUCAGUAUAGUGUCAGUGACAAACUAUUACUUUCCCACAACUUACAUCAAGUAAAUACCACAAAUGUGCUAGCUACUUCAUGCUAGUUAGUGUUUGUUUGUGGCUGGCACUCGCCAAUAGCUUGAUACAAGUAUUCCAGCUACUGGCAUGUGCAUUUCCGCCCAUAGUUUAAUUUAAGCAUGAGAUUUUAUGUAAAAGAAUUUUUGAUGUAGGUUUGGUUUACAGACCAGUGCAGCGGAGAGUAGAUUUUUAUUACGAGGUAUAAAGUCUCAUGCUAAAAAGAAUUUAAUAAAAUAAAUGUAGCUUUUUUAUUGUAAAUAUAUGAAUAAUGAAAUAAGCAUUAAAAUUUAUAUGAAAACAUUUUGUAAUUGAAGAAAACAUAUCAAUGUGUCGAACUUAUUGUUUUUUUAUUGUCAAAUUGUAAUGUAUAUUUUUUAUGUGUUAUUUUUUUUUCGUAAAUUAUUUAAAACGAAACUGUUUUUGUCCAGUUAAUUUGAUGAACAUUUAAUCUGUCAUACCAUAAUUAAAUCAGAUGCAAAGUUGAUUAUUCAACUUUUAUAAAAGUAUAAUUGUAUUUAGAAAGAAAUAUAUAAAUUCAAUUUGAUACAUUUUUACUUUGUAAACAAUUAAGUUAUUUGUUAGUAUUCUAAAUUCCCUUUUUUUCAAAGUUUUUAAUAAAAAAAUUGUAAAAUAGACAAAACUCAAGUUUGUACCUUUUUUCUGGUUCUGUUUGUAUAGUCAACUUUGUAUUGGAUGUUGUAUAAAGUUUAUUGUAACAGAAGGAACAAUGUUGCAAUGUUAAAUGUGGAUAAUUUUAGCGUUAUUGUAUAUUUUUUAUAUGAAUGAUAAGAAAAUGAAAACAAUUUUAUUUACUAAA